UCCGGGCGGCCCCGGGCUCCGCCGCGCCGCCGAGCGAGCGAGCGAUGGGCAACACGGUGCACAAGACUCUGGCAGACACGAGCCACCAGACCCGCUCGGUGUCCAGCCGGCCCUACUACAGCUUGCCCAACAGCAGCCAUGAGAGACGCUCGGUGCUGGCUGUCGCGGAGCCGCCGCGCUUCCACUCGCAGGCCAAGGGCAAGAACGUGCGGCUGGACGCGCACUCGCGCAAGGCCACGCGCAGGAACAGCUUCUGCAACGGCGUCACCUUCACCAACCGGCCCAUCCACCUGUACGAGAAGGUGCGCCUCAAGCUGGUGGCCGUGCACCACGGCUGGAGCGGGGCCCUGCGCUUCGGCUUCACCAUCCACGACCCGUCGCAGAUGAGCUCCGAGGAGAUACCAAAGUACGCCUGCCCCGACCUCGUCACCCGCCCCGGCUACUGGGCCAAGGCUCUGCCGGAGAGGUUUGCGGUCAGGGACAAUAUCUUGGCCUUCUGGGUGGACCGGCACGGCAGAGUCUUCUACAGUAUUAAUGACGAGGAGCCCAUCUUGUUUCACUGUGGUAUUAAAGUUUCCGGGCCUCUCUGGGCCCUCAUAGACGUCUAUGGAAUUACCCACGAAGUGCAAAUUCUAGACAGCAUGUUUGCAGAGACCAUGACCACUGCCCGGCUCAGCACCGCCCGGCUCAGCACCUGCCUUCCCCAGAGCAACCACGACUCGGCCAACUUCAACAACAACGAGCUCGAGAACAACCAAGUGGUGGCCAAAAUCGCAAACCUAAACCUAAGCCGGGUUCCAGGACUUGGGACUGACAACCACAUCAUCCCCUGCUGCCCCAACCGGCGGCAGCACGCCCAGGGAGUGCCGGCCUUCCUGGACACCGACCUGCGGUUCCACCCCACCCGCGGCCCCGACAUCACCUUUUCCCAGGACAGGAUGGUGGCCUGCACCAACUGGCAGGAGAGCAAUAGGACUUUGGUGUUCUCUGACCGGCCUUUGCACAUCGGGGAGAGCCUCUUUGUGGAAGUAGGACACCUCGGGCUGCCGUACUACGGGGCCCUCUCGUUCGGCAUCACCUCUUGUGAUCCGAGCACUUUGCGGACAAACGAGCUCCCGGCGGAUCCGGACUUUCUCCUGGAUCGCAAGGAGUACUGGGUGGUUUACCGGGCGUUCCCGGUGCUCAACAGCGGCGACAUCCUCAGCUUCAUGGUCCUGCCCAACGGAGAGGUGCACCACGGGGUCAACGGGGCCAGCCGGGGAAUGCUCAUGUGCGUGGACACCUCGCAGUCCCUCUGGGUGUUUUUUACAAUCCAUGGUGUGAUCAACCAGCUCAAAAUCCUGGGCACGGUGCAGUCCAGCCCAGUGACCGUGUCUCCCUCAGGAUCCCCCGGGGGCUCCCAGUACGACAGCGACUCGGACAUGGCCUUCAGCGUCAACAGGUCCUCAUCAGCCUCCGAGUCCUCGCUGGUGACUGCCCCCAGCUCCCCUUUGAGCCCCCCCAUCUCUCCUGUCUUCUCCCCCCCGGAGCCAUCGAGCAGCAAGAACGGGGAGUGCACCGUGUGCUUUGACAGCGAGGUGGACACGGUGAUCUACACCUGCGGACACAUGUGCCUCUGCAACACCUGUGGUCUUAAGCUGAAGAAGCAGCUCAACGCCUGCUGCCCCAUCUGCCGACGGGUUAUCAAAGAUGUGAUUAAAAUCUACCGCCCGUAGGGGGCUGCUGGAAGGGGGAACGCCGCUAGCAAACCACGCCUUUCCGUCCCUGCUUAUGGGUUAUCGUGCUGGUCAGUCGUUAUCAAGUGGCUCGUUAUCUGUGUUUCCUUAUUUGACUGGUAGGGCACAAUUCAGGGAGCAAAGCUGAGGAUCGUGCGGGGCCCGAGCCAGCUGCAAAUGAGAAAUUUCCCGUGCAAAGGCUCUUUUCUCCCUCCUCCCGCUGCGGGGGAGGCUCGCCGUGCUGCGGGUCGGGAUGGGGAGGUUGCCACUUGGGCAGUGCCAGGUGCCACCGGGCUUCCCGACCCUAAAACACAACAGCUCUGGGCUGCUGCCAGGGGAUUUGUGCUGUGGUGGAGCAAAACUGGGGCGAGGCCCAGCGGGAGGGUUCCAAGUGGACAGAACUGAUGUGGAAAUGUCAGGUAAGGAGAAUUAGCUCAGGCCAAAUAGUGGCACGGCCAGGUUGUCACUUAUUGGGGUUCUGUCUCCGUGAACAGGCUCUUGGGGACAUGAAGGAGCUGGUCAGGGCUUAGGUAAAACAGAUUUUUCUCUCUGUGGCAGAACAGGGACUUCUGGCCACGGAGGCUGAGAGCAGGGAGCUGCCCUGGGGUAGCUGUGAGGAGCAGGAGCCCACCCAGAGCCCAGGCAGCCCCUGCAG